GUCAGCCAUAUUGGAUUCGAUUAUGCUGUUGUGGCUGCGACGACCAGUUUAACCAGUUCUCAACAAAAAACGGUGUUUUUCCUCCGAACGAGGCGGAUUUCAUCUUCACCCGCGACCGACUCCUCUCUGCUCCGCAGCACCGACAGCACCGACGGUGCAUCGCCCGACAGUCCACCAUGAACCCCGAGUAUGACUAUUUAUUCAAACUGCUGCUGAUCGGUGACUCUGGUGUUGGGAAGUCAUGUCUGCUCCUCCGGUUCGCAGAUGACACGUACACAGAGAGCUACAUCAGCACCAUCGGUGUGGACUUCAAGAUCAGAACCAUCGAGCUGGACGGGAAGACCAUAAAGCUCCAGAUUGUAAGAGGACCAUCAGAUAAACAGCGACACACUGGAUUGUGUUGGAGGUUCUUUAGACUGACGAGCUCUGCUUUGCUUUCCCAGUGGGACACAGCCGGUCAGGAGCGGUUCCGCACCAUCACGUCCAGUUACUACAGAGGAGCUCACGGCAUCAUAGUGGUUUACGACGUGACAGAUCAGGAGUCCUUCAAUAAUGUCAAACAGUGGCUGCAGGAGAUCGACCGCUACGCCAGCGAGAACGUCAACAAGCUGCUAGUAGGCAACAAGUGUGAUCUCACAACAAAGAAAGUGGUGGAUUACACCACAGCUAAGGAAUUCGCUGACAACUUGGGAAUCCCAUUCCUGGAGACCAGUGCCAAGAGCGCCACCAACGUGGAGCAAGCCUUCAUGACCAUGGCGGCGGAGAUCAAGAAGAGGAUGGGCCCCGGGGCCACGGCCGGCUCCUCGGAGAAGUCCAACGUCAAGAUCCAGAGCAAGCCAGUCAACACCUCGUCCGGAGGCUGCUGCUGAGGCCGGACACCAGCCGGACCUGCAUCGACCCAGAGCCCCAGACCAGUGUCCAUGUUCCGAUGCUCCACAGGGGGGAGGGGGGGGGGGGGGGGGGCAACAGACGGAUGAGGACUGGUUUGUGAUUGUUGUGCAGCUGCAACACCAGAUUCCCAACUACCCUUUGUAAAUCACAUGAGGAUAAGCCCCACAGACCACACCCAACAUCUCCUCUUUCUUUACCCACAGUUUUUAACAGUGACUCUUCAUCUCUCACUCCUCCUCCUCCUCCUCUUCUUCACUCUCACACCACGUCGUCGACGGCCUGAACAUGAGUCAAAUGAAGCACAUGCUUAAACCAGCAUCACGCAUGUUUAGACCUGAUCACAUGCCCCAAUAACAUCAGCGUCGCCCCUGACAACCACGUGUCAGUGCCUUUUGUGGCAAGAGAUUCACAUGACAUCACACCUUCGGCCGGCAUCCCCCCCCCCCCCCCCCCGUGCCCCCAGUAACCAUUCCUACACACACACACACACACACACACACACACACACACACACACACACACACACACACACACACACACACACACACACACACACACACACACACACACACACACACACACACACACACACACACACACACACACUCUAAGCAUGUGCUGCAUUGGGAGACGUGUUGUCGGUCGUGUGCAUUUCUCUGCUAAUGUUUCUCCACCGACAGCACAACAACGCGAGGAGGCUCCAGAUUAUCUAUAACCUGUAAAUAUUUCUACAUCCGUGUAACCAGUGAUCUGCAAAGUGAAGCGAACGACACGAGACUCAGCUGAUUGGUUCCCUCGGCUCGUGAUCUGUGGUCGCGGACGAGACAUUUUUGUGGCACAAUGUCUACUAUUAAAACAAUGAAGGAGAUCUUUGAUAA